AUGCCUCCAGAACUAGGUGAGACUAUCUUAGCCCUUUCCAGCCAGUCUACUGCUUGUGUCGUUACUCAUGCCCCUCAAACUGUAGCACGCGCCCAGUCCCAAGGGAGCGUGUUCCCCCAGACUGCGCAACAUAUGGGACCUCAUAGCCGGCCAGGAACGGCUGAGCCCAUGCGCUCUCGAUCAGAGAACAUGUCUAGAUCUGGUCUCCGUCCCAGAUCUCGAGGAUCAACAGCCAGCAUACAUUCUAGCACGACACAGCAAACCCAAGAUCAACACAUGGACAGCUUUCCGCAACAAUUCAUGCCAUCCCAAGUUGCCAAUCAAACCAUGUUUGCCAAUAACCCCGAGGACAUGAUCAUGCGAUAUGGUCAUCAAUUUCAUCACCCCCAUGCGGCUAUAGACCAUGAUGCUCAUCCGGUUAUUUCUCGACCCGAUGAAUACCCCCAGCACGCGAUGCAAGCCCAUAACCUGUCACAUCACUCAUUGCCUCCGAACGUUGCUCAGAGUGGGAUUUCUGUUCCCCAGUACCAGCCCAUGUAUGAUAGUGGGAUCGAGAACCACAUGCCAGAGCAGAUAAUCGAGAGCCAAGAAAUUUCCGACAUAGGUGGGAAGAAAAAACGGGGGUCCAGCUCAACCCAAGCUAACGACAAUGAGCUGCGUAAGCUGCUUCGCUCGUACGAAUCCUACUCGCUGCAACAGAUGGCUGCCGAAGUCAUGAAGCAUGAAGGCGCUGGUGGAAAGGCGGAGAAAGUGAAGCAGGUCUUCGCCAUGAUUUGGUUGCGAGAGAACUGCCGGAAGAGCAACGAUUCAGUACGACGAGACCGCGUCUAUUGUUGCUAUGCCGAGAAAUGUGGAACGGAACGAGUAUCAGUCUUGAACCCAGCAUCUUUUGGAAAGCUGGUUCGCAUCGUUUUUCCCAAUAUGCAAACUCGACGACUCGGCGUGCGUGGCGAGUCCAAAUAUCAUUAUGUUGACUUGUCAGUUAUCGAAGAAAAGCAGCAGCGGCCACCACUAGCAGUCAGUGUCCAUGCAGGACUCAAUCAGCAGGCUCCGAUUGCGGCUCCGGAAAGACCACUCAGUGGUAUGCGAUCCAGGAGUAUGAGCAUCGCCCAACCAACUGCAGACACUGCAGUUUUCCCUUCACCCACAACCUCCUUCGCUCCGAGAUUACAGAGCAACUCUCCCAUUACUGGCUUUACCUCUGGCCCGGAUGCCAUCGUAACGACUGAAAAUGUUGCUCAUCAGGCCGGUAAAAUCGUUAAUCUCAUGCUGCAAUUCCCCACGGACGAGAUGGUCUCCGCUGAGAACGACUCUUUCAACCUGCCCGAUAUUCGUCCCUACUUGCCGGCAAACACCGAUCUCAAGGUUGCAGAUGCGCUUGGAGCUUUAUACCGAUCGCACUGUAUCUCAGUCAUCGACAGUUUCCGAUUUUGCAAGGAACGCAAUCUCCUGAAAUACUUUUCUGCCUUCCACGGAACUUUGACCGUUCCCGUCCAAAAACUUUUAACUCAUCCUAACGUAGCCGCAUGGAUCAAGGAAUGUGACUGGUUGAUGUACCAAAAGAUGAUCCCUUUCGUUGCGCCUCUCACCACUCAAGUCGUCCCGAAGCCUGUUUUAGAUGCUUUUCGAUCCAUCUCUAAUCGCCUAUGCAAUCAUAUUGCCGAAACAUUCAAAAGUCAGCCGACUCAUAUGACCGUUGCGCGCCUUAUUCCAGCCAAUAUCUUCUGCAAGCUUCUCAAGCAGAUGCUUGACGUUAACCAGGCUGCCAAUGCGGCCGCUGCAUGGCUCUGCCACCCGGAUAAUCGCAUUCAAAUGUGGGAGGACUUCAAGACUCUCGUGGACCCUCAAGAGAUGAUGACGAAGGCCAAUCUUCCGACUGCCGUGCUGAAGGCCACUGAGCAAAUAUUUAAACACGACGUCCGUGCUCUGCUGACGCCGGUGAAUGAAAUUGACGCUACGGGAUCCCUACCGUUCUAUUCCAAGCCAGAUACUGCGGAAGAUAUCGCUUCUCACGUUUGUCCCAUUGAGAACAGCCCUGGAGAUCAAGAGUACAACUUUCCAGACAAGUGGAUCUUGUUUAUUCUCAAUCUACAAGUUAUUUUCAAGUCCUAUUCUAGCAAGUGCAUUAUCGCGAAAGCUGAUGCUCUUUGGGAUAACAUUCUGCACCGCUUGACACUAGGCGGAGCACCCAGUUUCAGUGCUUGGUGGAUGACAAAGGUGUUCUUUCACGAGAUGAUGGUUUGGCAAGCAGAAAAGGGCGGUUUCAUGAGUAGCACUGCUGCCUCAGUUGAUGCCCUCUCUUUUUCUGAGGAACCAAACCAAGUGGGACAUUUUCAGUUUAAGCAGAACGGACGAUCAACAAACCGCACCUCGUAUGAUGGUGAUCAGCACAUAUCCAACCCCAACCACCCUGUGAACCAAAAUGGGCCACAUAUUCCAAACGAUGAAGGGGAUGUCAAGCACAUCCCAAAUGACAAGGAGCUAUCACUUGAAGAUCCUGGCCUUCAAGGCCCAAACAACGAUGACAGCGCCAUUGACCUCGAAGACGACCCGCUGAUGAUGGUGGUUGGUAAAUAUGGAGACAUGAUGGCAUCUGACCCCGCGGACGCCGAGGGUGAUGUAGUUGUCAUCUAA